GCUUUGUGGCGCUGGGUCGGAGGACGGAGAGGUCAGGCGUGUGGUUCUACGUGCUGUCGAGUGGAGGCCUUUUGCGUACAGUUUGGAAAAUUAGACCUCGGAGCCUUAACUCCUACUCACAAGAAGCACAGUAAAUUGAAAAACGUUUAGUGAAGCAAGAACUAUUUGAGAACUGAUUUCUUCUUGAGUCAGACCUGGAUCACCAUGGGCUUGGGCUCUCACCUCCUCCUGACCAGGCGUUUGAGGAGCAAUGUGAUCAGCUACUCCUUCUACUACCGUGGGAGACUAUGAGUUUCAGCUCUCCAACAUCUUCAAAUAAAGAAGUGGUUAUGAACAAUGAUCAGCAGAAUAAUGGAGGAAUGAAACCAGUGCAGGAUUUCACAAUAGGAAUCACACAGGCUAACUACAAUCUGAGCAGACAAAGAUUAGAAAAAGAGCCUUGGUAUGCAUCCAGCCAUCAUAGCCCGGUUAAUGUCUCCGUGGAUGGAAUUCCCUGCAUUCUCUUUUGGGCCAAAAGAAUAACAAUUAAAUUUAAGAAUCAGACCUGGCUGGACCUUAGAGAUGAAGCCAUUGGCCACAAGGCAACAGUGGACGCUGGCAACUCAAAUUGCAGUGAAGGAAGUGCCAUGUUGUCUCUGAAGUUUGGUGAUGCUGAAAAUCCCAGAGGUAUUGAUAUAAGAUUCACCCUUACCAGUUACAACAAAUUGUCCAUCCAGAGCUGGUUUAAUUUGCACCAAGUCGAGGUUAUUUUCAAUAAUUCAAUUCCAGCAACUUUUAAUGCAACUGGCAUGUUUGCUCUGUCAAGUUACUCCUACCACUGCCAACGCGUCAGCAGCCUGCAGCGGUAUGAUGCCCUUUUGUUGCCCAGUGACACCAAUGAUAUGUCAAGCCUGUGGGAGGUCACUUUUGUUGAUUUCCAGAUCCAAGGCUUUACCAUUAAGGGGGGGCAGUUUUCCAAGGCCCGAGACUGCACCUCUUCCUUCUCACCAGCCAUUCCAAUCAGCCUGGCAAUGUCCCUGACUGCCCUGCACAUGCUCAUCUACCUGUGCUAUCUGGACUGGCACUAUGAUUUCAUCGCCUCUCCGGCUCACUUCUGCCAGUUGAAAGCUCGAGAUGCAUCAGAAGAGAAGGAGCUGCUGAGGAGCCAGGGAGUCGAAUGCUAUGAACUGAGAAGCCAACAGAUCUGCAAAAUUUAUGUUUAACAGCACAGGUCCCUCUUCCUCAGGAAGUCCACGAUAGGCUCUGAAAGGAGGUGUUCCUGUUGUGUGCUGUUUGACUUGUGAUAUAAGAUUUUCACCAAAAGGCUUGAUUUUCUUUUUUUAAAGGAAAUACAUGCAAAGAAUACAUUUUGGAACAUCCACUGGCCUUCUUAGAUAGACUUGGAGCAAUGAUAAAGAGCUAAACAAAUGUCUCAGGAAGAUGUUGAAGGAGGAUCCCAGGAGAAGGUGGAGCAGCUGCAGGCCUGGGUGCUGCCCUGUGGCCAACAAGGUGGACCCAAUGUAACUGCCAAAGUUCUUAUAAGAGAAAGAGGGAGACAGGAGACAAUCAGAAACCAAAGAAUGCAAGUGGCCUUAAGAAGUGGAAAAGUACUUCUGAGUUGCUUGCCUUCAGGAGAGAGCAUCUGACCCUUCAUAAAGACCCACAGGCCUUUCGACUGCUCUCCUUCUGGACUCCAUCACUGCAGGAUGAGACCAGGACCACUUCUGAGGACUGAAUUUUGGAACCUCUGACUCUCCCUCCUGCCCUUUGUUUCCUGAAGUCUCCAGUUUAUUAAUGUGGAAUUGGGAGAGGUCAUCUUCCUGAAGGAGAGUUUCUGACAGCUGAGGAGUGGGGAAGAGGGAAAGUUCUCUCAUCCAGUCUUGGGAAUUGAAGAGCUACUGGAUCCCUAGAAGUGAACUUUGGUGAACUUUGUACAAGUUCGACCUUCAGAACAGACCUGAAAUCCCAGUUUUGUCUGGGAUUCAAUUUCAAAGUGAGGACGUCUUUCCAAGGUCUAACGAAGGUUUGUCUGUGUUAACUGGG